AUGUUCGGAGACUGCAGUGCUGUGUUUGUGGGAUUUACAACCUUUUCCUUUGUCUCCACGUCCUGCUCAGAGUUACAGUCUCGCUGCUGCAGACUCGCAGACCGCUCUGCCUCCUCUUCAGCUCCUCGGCUCGACUCACGCCUCAUAAAGCGCACUUUUAUCACCAGCGGCUCUUGUGACACAUCAGAGACAGACACCGACCAGGCUGCAUCUGUCCUGGGCGUGGGGGAGGGAGGGUGGGGGUUGGAGGCUGCCGGGGGUCCAGAGGUCAGGGAGGAGCAGAGGGUGAUGUACGGCAUUAGACUCACCCACGGACUGCCUCCUCCCCCGUCCACCGACCCCCCCCCCCCUCACCCCUCAUCCAGACAGGGCCCUCUAUCCACCGGGGAGCACCUGGACCCGCUCCAUCCGUUGAGAACCUGUCAGGCGAGUGUGGAUUAUGGAAACUGA